CUUGCCGAAGAAAGUUGAGGGAGGUUCAGAGAGAGAGGCAACUGGGCUUUUCUUUUUUUUAACACAAUGGACAGCCAGGGAAGGAAAGUGGUGGUCUGUGACAAUGGGACCGGGUUUGUCAAGUGCGGCUAUGCAGGCUCCAACUUCCCAGAGCACAUCUUCCCUGCGCUUGUUGGGAGGCCCAUCAUUCGAUCGACAGCCAAAGUGGGAAACAUUGAAAUCAAGGAUCUGAUGGUGGGGGAUGAGGCCAGCGAGCUGCGCUCCAUGCUGGAGGUCAACUACCCCAUGGAGAACGGCAUCGUCAGGAACUGGGAUGACAUGAAGCACCUGUGGGACUACACCUUCGGCCCAGAGAAGCUCAACAUUGAGUCCCGCAACUGUAAGAUCCUGCUGACUGAACCUCCCAUGAACCCAACUAAGAACCGUGAGAAAAUCAUUGAGGUGAUGUUUGAGACCUACCAGUUCGGAGGAGUCUACAUUGCUAUUCAAGCUGUGCUGACACUGUAUGCACAAGGCCUCCUGACUGGUGUGGUGGUAGACUCUGGCGAUGGUGUGACACACAUCUGUCCGGUGUAUGAAGGUUUCAGCCUGCCCCAUCUGACGAGACGCUUGGACAUCGCAGGCAGGGACAUAACCCGCUACCUCAUCAAGUUGUUGUUGUUGAGGGGUUAUGCCUUCAACCACUCUGCAGACUUUGAGACCGUGCGCAUGAUGAAGGAGAAGCUGUGCUACGUGGGCUACAACAUCGAGCAGGAGCAGAAGCUGGCGCUGGAGACCACUGUGCUCGUUGAGUCAUACACGCUGCCAGAUGGCCGUGUGAUUAAGGUGGGUGGAGAGCGGUUUGAGGCCCCUGAGGCUCUGUUCCAGCCCCACCUCAUCAACGUGGAGGGUGUCGGAGUGGCCGAGCUGCUCUUCAACACCAUCCAGGCAGCCGACAUAGACACCAGGUCUGAGUUCUACAAACACAUCGUGUUAUCAGGAGGAUCCACCAUGUACCCGGGCCUGCCGUCUCGACUGGAGAGGGAACUCAAGCAGCUGUACCUGGAGCGUGUGCUCAAGGGAGACGUGGACAAGCUUUCGAAAUUUAAGAUCCGAAUCGAGGAUCCUCCCAGGCGAAAGCACAUGGUGUUCCUGGGUGGAGCCGUGCUGGCCGACAUCAUGAAGGACAAGGACAACUUCUGGCUGACCCGGGAGGAGUACGAGGAGAAAGGAGUCCGUGUGCUGGAAAAACUAGGAGUCACCGUCAGAUAAAGCACUGAACGGACAGACCAAACACAACACGCACACGCACACACAUACACACACACACACACACAAUACAUGCACAUAUUUCCCCCCCCCCUCGCCCCUGUUGCAGAGUAUAUAUCUAUUUAUCCUUCUUCUUCUUCUUCUUCUCUCUUUCGGCUCUUGAUGCUCCUCAAACAUCAGAGGGAAUCGAGCCGUCACCUCCCUUGCUCUCCUCCUUCUCUCUCUGCCUCUCCUCUCUCCUGGUUUGGGAUUGGCUGACCCUUUUUUUUUUUUUUCUUUCCUGCGAAGCCCCCGAGAACCAAUUCCAUCUUUUGCAGAUUUCCACUCAGACCCCUCCCUUUCUUUAACUAGGAAUAGAAGGGUUGACGUUGCCCUGCUGAUUGUUUUUAUUUUUUAAAGUCUGAUUUUCAGUCUGGUGCAGAAAGUUAAAAAAACCAGGGCGGGAAAAACGUUAACGCUGCAGCGCGUUUACCUGCCGUGUGAUCAAAGCAAACGAGAAUUGCUUCUAGUUAGAUUCGGCAGGUAAACCGCGGAGACCCAACAACCCGCUGCAGCACCACAGCGAGUGUUUCAGAAAGCUUAGUGUCCUCUCCCCCUGAUUUAAACCUCCUGAGGGGGGAUAAAAUGAUGCAAAGUUUAUAAGCAAACUCGUAGGUAAUAUCACAAUCAGGGUCCACCACAAACAGCCACGGGCCGCUUUCAGCAUCUGUUCCAGGUGAGCGAGAACUGAUCACAUUUUUAUGUCAGUUUUUAUAAAUGAUAUCAUGACUUUUCUUUUCUGGGAGAGGGAUUACUUUUUUUUUUUUUUUGCUUUUACUUUGUUUUUUUGAUGGAUGUAUGAGUUCAAUUAAUAUCUUUAAAUUUUUAAUUUUUUUUCUCCCCCCCUUUUGUUGCUGUGCACUACUACCAUUGUAAAUGGAGUGUAUUGUGGUAACAGAAGUUCCUCCAUGUUUUUAUGAAGAAUUGAUGGUUGAUUUAUAAAGGGACAAGUACAUAAAGAAGAAAAAAAGCCCCUGAGCUUUGACAUCAGUUGUGUGACGGUACUUUAGGGUUUUUUGGGGGUUUGGUGAGACAAUGAUGGUUUCCGGUGGGAGUGAUGUUAUUUGUUCCUCAUCAAACGGGCCUCGCCUCUGCUUCUGCCUCCUCUGUGGGUGUAAAUCUCAAGCUGAAUGAACGGAUGUGAGCUUGUUGUAGCAAUGUUAGAGACUGCGGCGACGCUAUAGCACCACAUCUGUCGUAUUCCUUCAGAUCCACCAAAUCAGAGGCAGCGGCAGGCUGAAGAUGAUGAACUGAUUUGAAUCUGGGCACAGAAGUAAAAAAACUAACAAAAAAACUGUAUUUUAUUGAUGUUGAAAUGCUGUUGAGAGCAUAUUUAAAUUCUCCAGUCUUUCACUCCCAACGGUCGACUUAAGGAAUACUGGAGGCACUUCUAUUUUGAGUAUGACAAAUGUGUAUAUUUUUUUUUUCCUCUUUCCACGAACUGUAUAUCCAGUGCCAAGUGCAGUUAAUGUUAACUGGAUCUCAUGUUUUAAUGUCUUUUUUUUUUUGUCACUGUUUUUGUUUUUAUUUUCCUGUGUUGUUCAUAGCAUAACUGCCUAACGCUGAUUUAAAUAAAGAAAAGUGAU